ACGAGAAGAGAGCCAACAUGGCGGCCAAACGGCGCAUGGACGCGCAAGUUCCCGCGGAGGAGAGCGAUUUACUCAGCAUUAGACCGCUGGGUGCAGGACAGGAGGUGGGGAGGUCCUGUCACAUGCUGGAGUUUAAAGGGAAGAAGAUUAUGCUUGAUACCGGGAUCCACCCAGGACUGAAUGGGUUGAACGCCCUGCCGUUCCUUGACCUGAUUGACCCUGAGGAGAUUGACCUCCUGUUAGUUAGUCACUUCCAUCUGGACCACUGUGGAGGCCUACCGUACUUCCUGACUAAGACCAGUUUUCGUGGGCGUGUCUUCAUGACUCAUGCCACUAAAGCCAUCUACAAGUGGCUACUGUCUGAUUACAUCAAAGUCAGCAACAUUUCAUCAGAAGACAUGUUGUAUACAGAAAAUGACCUGAGUGCCAGCAUGGAUAAAAUAGAAACAGUCAACUUUCACCAGGAGACGGAUGUGAAUGGCAUCAAAUUCUGGUGCUAUAACGCAGGCCACGUGCUGGGUGCAGCCAUGUUCAUGAUUGAGAUCGCUGGUGUAAAGAUCCUGUACACGGGAGACUUCUCUCGUCAGGAGGACAGACAUCUCAUGGCAGCAGAGGUGCCAGCCAUCCACCCAGAUGUCCUCAUUAUUGAAGCGACAUACGGUACGCACAUCCAUGAAAAGCGAGAGGAGAGGGAAGCCCGCUUUACCAGCACUGUACACGACAUCGUCAACAGGGGAGGCAGGUGUCUCAUACCAGUGUUCGCCCUGGGGAGGGCACAGGAGCUGCUGCUGAUCUUAGAUGAGUACUGGAGUAACCACCCUGAACUACAUGACAUCCCCAUCUACUACGCCUCCUCACUGGCUAAGAAGUGCAUGGCAGUGUACCAAACUUACAUCAAUGCCAUGAACGAGAAAAUACGCAAACAGAUUUCAGUCAGCAAUCCAUUUGUGUUUAAGCACAUCUCCAACCUCAAGGGCAUGGACCACUUUGAUGACAUUGGUCCAUCCGUGGUGAUGGCCAGUCCUGGUAUGAUGCAGAGUGGACUGUCCAGGGAACUGUUUGAGAGCUGGUGCACUGACCGACGGAAUGGCUGUAUCAUCGCAGGCUACUGUGUGGAGGGGACACUGGCCAAGCACAUCAUGUCAGAACCAGAAGAGAUUACCACCAUGUCAGGCCAGAAAAUUCCACUCAAAUGUUCAGUAGAUUACAUUUCCUUCUCGGCUCACACGGACUACCAGCAGACAAGUGACUUCAUCAGACAGCUCAAGCCUCCACAUGUGGUGUUGGUACACGGAGAGGCAAAUGAGAUGAGCAGACUGAAGGCAGCUGUUAUCCGUGAGUACGAGGAUGAUCCAGACGUCAACAUUGAAGUGCACAACCCGAAAAACACUCAGGCUGUGGAGCUGUACUUCAGGGGAGAGAAGAUGGCCAAGGUGAUGGGUUCAUUGGCAUCCAAGAAGCCAGAGCAGGGAGACCGCCUGUCAGGAAUCCUGGUGAAGAGGAACUUCAACUACCACCUGGUCGCUCCUUCUGACAUCUCUAAUUAUACAGACCUAGCGACCAGCACAGUGACCCAGAGACAGAGUAUCCAGUAUGUGGGGCCCUUCAGUCUGCUGCAGCAGCACCUCAUGCUCCUGUCUGGGGAUGUGGAGCAGAUCGAGGUACAGGAGAAACCUGCUCUCAGGGUCUUCAAGGCUGUCACCAUCAUCCAGGAGCCUGGCAUGGUCGUCUUGGAGUGGACUGCCAACCCAGUGAACGACAUGUUUGCUGAUGCAGUUGUGACAGUCAUCCUGAAGGUGGGAACCGACCCUAAGAUGCAGAAAAUCAUACCUUCACCAACAAAGACCAACAAGCAGCACUUCACCGACAAGCUGACAGACCUGAUGACAGACCUGUAUGGGGAGAAGGCCAUCACACACAUGACUAAAGGUGACAUCAUGGCUGUCACUGUGGACGGGAAAACUGCAAACAUCUGUCUGGACACUCUGGAGGUGGAAUGUGAAGCUGAUGAAGACUUCCAGCAGACUGUGUCCCAGUCUGUCAGCAGACUCUAUCAUUCCCUCACUCCUGUCUACAGAUAGUCAACACCAUCCUUCAUUCCAAGUUAUUCUCAAGAGACUAUAGUAUUCUGUGUGAUGAGAGUCAUAUGUUUUUUACUGCUGUGUCUAACAGUGUCAAAAUUGUUAACCCAAAAAAUCAUAGUGUGUAAGUACAUUAAUGUACAUCCCCUUUUCGUGAUGUUGUCCACUUGAGUUUGUGAACAGGUGUAUGUUAACAGUAAUGAUGUUAUUGUCAACAGUCUCGAUGUAUGUUGGGCUACAAGGUUUUGACCUAUAUGGCUGUUAUUUAUAUACUGUUCUAUAUAUAUAGACAGACACAGCCCCCUAAGACCUGUGGGGCUUAAGUCAAAUAGCUGAGUGCUUUUAAGGUCUGAAGCUCUUAUACAGCUUAGGUUAGUAAAGCCUUGCCAAGAAGUUAUUUAAAGUUGGAGCUCUUUGAAAAUUUUGUACAAAAUAAACAUCUUCUUUGAGGUA